GGGCAAAUCAUAUUGAGGAAGAGCGAUUGACGUGGGAUUGAUCCAAGAUACUUUGAAAGCUGUUCCCUCCAAUUCGAUUUUGGAUUGGCCCUCAUGCCGCUUACCUGAGGGUGAAAGUGCCAACAGAGGUCACUUCCUCUCCCCCGAGGUAUCACCUAACUGCUUAACCCCACCCCCCCCCCCCCCCCCCCCCCCCCCUUUCACCACAACCCCCUCUCCCUACCGGAGCUGACACAGACACCUCCUGCAUUGCGUCCCGUGCCCUUGGUACGAUCUAGAAAUGUGCUGAGUGGAGUGGAGGAGGAGUGGAGGAGGAGCUCAUCUUCCCCUGCCAGGUCCCACUGUCCUUGAGAGAAAUAAAAAGGCCAGCACCUCGCUAUCGGCCAUAACGUGUUCCUCAUCCCCUGCUAUCUUGACAUCAGAGAGCCAAGAACACACAGAGCCAUGCGUUCGCUUAAUCUCUUCCUCGUCAGCCUUUUAUUGUCCUCGCUGGCCUCCGGAGUAGGAGGUUGGUGUUAUGACUCUAUGUCACCGGAUUGCGGACCCAGCACAUGGCCACGGGACCAUCCAAAGUGCGCAGGGAGUGGCCAGUCUCCCAUUGAUAUUCUAACCAAAGAAGCUAAGCCUGAUCCCAAAUUGAGUGAUAUUACUUUUAAAGGCUACAUAGAUCCUGAUAAAUCUUUGGAUUGGACCCUAUAUAAUGAUGGUCACUCAGUUCAGCUGAUUUUAAACGGAUCCAUAACCAUCAGUGGUGGAAUGCUCCCCGGUACAUACAAGGCAGAUCAUUUGCACUUCCACUGGGGAACGGAUUCUUCUCCUGGGUCAGAACAUACUAUAGAUGGGAUGCAGUUUCCCAUGGAGAUGCAUAUAGUCCAUUUGAAUCAAAACUACCAUUCCAAGCAGGAAGCUCUGAAGCAUCCAGAUGGUCUGGCUGUGGUGGGAAUCAUGUUUGUUGAAUCUGAUAGUGAUGCAAAAGACUACAAUUUCAUCCAAUAUCUGAAACAUGUUAAGAAUCACAAUGAUAAAUACACGAUUAAACCAUUUUCAUUGGAAAAUAUGAUUCCGAAUGAUUUAAGCAAGAGUAGAGUAUACUAUCGCUAUCAAGGCUCAUUAACUACUCCAACUUGUAAUGAAGCCGUAAUUUGGACUGUAUAUAAAGAACCCAUUCCUCUCAGCAAGGAUCAGCUCAAUGCAUUUCCUAAAAUUCUUCACUACAAUGAAUCAUCGCGCAUAGUUUCAAACUUCAGAUCAAUUCAAAAACUAAAUGGUCGUACGGUUAAUGUUUUCAAUUCAGGAUCUCUUUUAUUCCGCCUUAAUCUGUUGAUGUGUGUUGUUGGGAUCCAGGCACUUUUACUAUUUAACUGAGAGACGAACAGAUUGGAAUUCUGUGGCAUUUUCCCUCCUGCCUAAUGGAUUUAAAAGGAAAUUUCAGUAAUGAAAUAUGCCAAACAUCACAGAAGAGCAACAAUUGACUUGCCUUUGGAAGGGAAAAUAUAUUCCUGAAGGAAACAAAUACACCAAGACUAUCCUCUCUUCAAUGUAACUUACCAGCGCAGUUCCAAGACAAUUGGCACACAUGUACUAGCUUGUUAUUUCCAGUAAAUGUGCAAAGUGGUAUACCAGAGGCUGUUUAAUCUUAUUGAAACACGUUUGUCUUCAAUUAACGGAUUGGCCUGUCCUUCAAACCAAGACAGCAUUUUAAAUUGUCAUAACAUAUUAAGUAAUUACAAGUGAAAGGAAAUGAAACCAUUGUUAUAUUAAUUCUUUGUUAUAUACUUUUAAACGGUAUAACAAAAGAGCUAGUGAUUUCAUUCUGUUUCGGAAAUGGAAGCCGACAGUCCCAUAGUUAUCACGAGUUACUUUCCCAAUUGAUCCCUUUAUGAGGGAAGAACAAAAAACGAUAGUGGCGGUAGUGGAUCACGGGAUGGCGGUGAUGGGAAAAGCUUGUAACUAACUGCCAGGAGGAUUUACUUACAGUAAAUAUCUGCUCAACUAUUGCAGAAAAGUGUCAGGGUGAUUUUAAUUGAAGACUUUACACUGAAAGGCUUGACCUUAAACAAGAUGCAAUGGAACUGCAGGUGGGAAGAGGGAUGUCCAUUAUAUGGAGAGUCUGGGACAGUUGGGAUUGAGUAACAGAGUGGAGAGAAGGACAUUUCUCUUUCAUGUGCUGAUCAACACUAGAGUGGUGGAAGCAAAGGGUGCUGGAUACGUACUUGUAAAGAUAUUAAAAAUGUCUUAGGAAAAUAAAAUCGAGGUGGUGUGGCUAAUUGGGGAUUUGGUUCAGAGAUCCGAUGCACUUGAAAUAGCUUUCUUCCAUGCUUCAGGUUUCAACUUUUUCAGAUUAGGGUUCUGAGGGAAUUUGGAAGCAGAAGCAACAAUAGAUGUUGGAAUCUGGAAGCAAAAUAUAAACUACUGGAAGGACAGGGCAGGUCAAUAAAGCAGCAUCUUUGGAGUCUAAUGGAGAGUCAACAUUUCAGAUUGAUACUCUGUAUUAAGACAGAGUGCAGAGGAAGAAUCCGCAGUCUAUAGCAGGGAGUGAGAAGGUAGAGACAAGGGCUGCUAGAGCACAGGGGAAACCGGGAAAGGUACAAUAAUGGGCAAAUGGAGGGGAAGAGGAUAGGAUAGCAAGGAAGUAGAAACUCUGAUGGUUAGGUAUGUGGGUGAUGAAUAGAUGGAAGCACUUCACCUGCAGAUGCUGGUUUAAACCAAAGAUAGAUACAAAAUACUGGGGUAACUCAGCGGGACAAGCAACACCUCUGGAGAGAAGGAAUGGGUGACGUUUCAGGUCGAGACCCUUCGUGAUCCAUUCCUACUCUCUAGAGAUGCUGCUUGUCCGGCUGAGUUACUCCAGCAUUUUGUGUCAAUCUUCCACUGCUAUAUAUAUUGGCCAUCUUCCCUCCGCACUCUCAGUUUGAUGAAUGGUCUCAACCUGAACUGCCUACAAUAUCCCUAUGCCUUGGUAGAUGCUAUCUGUCCUGCUGAGUUCUUCCAGCUUUGUUCCUGACAAAUUUCUCUGGGAGAUGGGAACUGAAUUCAUUGUAGGGUGUUGGGGAUCCUGCUUUAUUCCUCCCUUCCCAAAAAACUACAUUGGAUAAUUAUCCCGCUCCUAUAAUUUUCGCAGCUAAUUUUACUCAAUGUGAAAACCUCAGCUAUAUUGCCAUUCAGGGUUCAAUUAAAAUUCCAGCCAGAAUCUGCUGCUGCCAUCAGAUACCGUAUGAAUCCGCUAUGAAGGAGUCCACUGGCCUGACAAUGUCAUGUGUAGGAAGGGUCCGCAGAUGCUGGUUUAAACCGAAGAUAGACACAAAAAGCUGCAGAAACUGAGCAGGUCAAAGAGCAUCUCUGGAGAAAAAGAAUAGGUGACGUUUUGGGUCGAGACUCUUCUUCACACUGAGAGUCAGGGGAAAGAGAAAUGAGAGAUAUAGACCAUGAUACAGAAAGAUAUAGAACAAAUGAAUGAAAGAGAUGCAAAAAUGUAACGGUGAUAAAAGGAAACAGGACAUUGUUAGGUGCAAACCAGUUACAGACAAUGAGACGCAACAAGAAGACUUUAAAGCUAGUACAUCGGGCAGGGAAUGGAUAUAGAGAGGUAGGAGAUACAAGGGUUACUUGAGGUUAAAUAAAUUAAUAUUCAUACUGCUGCAUUGUAAGCUGCCCAAGCAAAACAUGAGACGUUGUUCCUCCAAGUUGCAUUUGGCCUCACUCUGUCAUGAUGGACUUAGCCAGGUUGAGAUUCCUCAACUUCACUUCAUACUUAAAAAUCAGUAGCUUUAUUUAAAAAAUCAAGGAAUUAGUUUAAAUGUUAGAAUUGCUUGUUUCCCUUUAAAAUAACAUUGUAAACUUUUUCUAAAUGUUCCAAUAGGGUUCAUACAUUUUGUAUAACAAUUAGAUAGUCACAUUCGGCAUCAAGUUUACAGUUCUUAAAACUGUAGAAUUUAAAAUCAAAUUAGAAUUGGUUUCAUUUUCUCAACUUUUCUACUCAAGCAAUAGUUCAGUCACUGAUAGUUAAUGAAGAAAAUUAAUUGUUGAUAAUGUAUCCAGUUUAAUUUUAGUCGGCAUUAUCUUCAAGUAGAUUGCUGCAAACAAUUGCCUUGGAAGAAGCAUUGUAGUAAUGGAGACACAAGAGACUGCAGAUGCUGGUAUCUUGAGCAGAACACAAGCGCUGGAGGAACUCAGCAGGUCAGGCAACAUCAGUGGAGGGAAUGGAUAGGUGACGACUCGGGUCAAGACCAUUCUUCAAGACUGAUCCUGUCUGAAGAAGAAUCCUGGCCUAAAAUGCCACUUGUCCAUUCCCUCCACAGAUGCUGCCUGACACGCUGAGUUCCUCCAGCACUUUGUGUUUUGUUCAGCAUUGUUGAUGUCAGUUGAACAGUGCAGUGCCUCAAAGUCAUGCCAAGUAGCCAUUUCAAAAACGUGUUUGUUUUAUUCUUGAAGCACGCUGAGGUCACACUACAGGGGAAUAACAUGGAUAAGCCAAUUAGAAUUAGAGUCCAGAUAUCUAAAGGAAGCGUUGAGAGAACAUUUAGAAAAUGUAUACAAAUUCAUCGUAAGAAAUUACAAAGACUUAAGGUGAUCAGUAGAUAGUCAACAUAAUACUUUGUAGAAUAUAGAUUAAAUAAUGAAGAUUUUGAUCAAGAUUCAAGGUUCAUUCAUCUAUGGGAUGUGUUAGGGUCAGGACAAACAUCCCGAAGAAGGGUCCCAACCCAAAACAUAUUCUCCAGAGAUGCUGUCUGACCCGCUGAGUUACUCCAGCACAUUGUGUCUUCUUUUUAUUGCCCAUCCUUAAUUGCUGCAUUUGGUCUUAAUUGCUCAGGAAUUCCAGAAUUUAAACCCAAUGAUAAUAAACAAAUCACUAUACAUAUUCAUAUUAAAGUGAAGCUUAGAUAUACAGGCAGUGCUGUUCCCAUUAACUCGUUGUCCUUCUAGUUGUAAGAGGUUGUGAUUUUAGGAGAUGUUAUGAAUAAAGCUUUGUGGAAUGUGUCCAGGAAGUGAUAUAUAGUAUGUUGAAUUCAGGAUGGUGCUUUUAGCUAUGUACUUUGGUAUGGUCAUCAUCCUGCCUCUAUCGUACAAGGGAAUCUAACCUUCCAGAAUAUUAUAUUCAGAAGUUGGAGCUCUGGGGUCAUGCUCACUGGAUCACUGAUAUAAGAUAAUACAUCAAAAAAGAUUAUUGCAUUUAUUAUCUUAGUAAGCAUAGCAGAAUCUGGAUAGAUCAAAGUGAGUCAAAAGAGGAAAUUAAUGUUCUAUACUUGUUCACUAAGUUGUAAGAUAAUUCAAAGAUAUUGAGUAUGUGUCUAAAACUGAGAAUAUUUGUCCCCAAAUAUUGAAUCUAUAAAAAUUAUAAUUAUUAGGAACAUGCAGAAAUGUGUAGGACGGAACUGCAGAUGCUGGUUUACACCGAAGAUAGACACAAAAUUCUGGAGUAACUCGAGCAUGUUGUGUCUAUCUUUAAAAUGAUUAAAUGUGUUUUUUUUGUUUUCCCAAUGUUGAGUGAUGCCUGAAUUUUUGGCUUCGGUGGUUUUUUCUGUAUUGCUGAUUAUUUUGAUUGUUUUAGCCCAGAGUAAUAUCGUGAUUUUUAUGUAAAAUCUGCCUUUGCAGAAACCAAUUAUUACGGCAGUAAUUUGACAGAGGCAGCGUUACAACGAUGCUGGUCUUUGAUGCACGAUGCACAUCCCCUGGAUCCUAGUUUACGGCAUCUUAUCAGGGACUGAACAGAAAUUGUUUCUUAGUUAAACCCAAGAUGCUUCAAUAUACCUCAUUGCAGUUACCAAUGGAGCAGCAUCUGCAGAGAUCUGAGAAUAGUGAUACGUUGCUGAUGAAUGGGACCGUGAACAAUGACACUUGGCAGAAUUUUUUUUUAAUGGAAGAGAAUGUAAUGCUGUUCUAUUAUAAACAGACAGAUAACUUAACAGCUUUAGCAUUGAGUUUGGUCAGUGCUAUCCUCAGUAACAGCAAGUAACAAAAUCAGGAAACAAUAUACUUGAUGUGAAAGUGGCUGGGAUGGUUCAGUAAUAUAUGUGCACCUCUCACCUCUCACUUAUCUUUGGCAUGAGGAAGCUGUCUUUCCUUUAAUAUAUAAUGCAUGCAUAUAUAUAUAUAUAUUUGCGUCUAACAUACACAUAGAUUGAGAAUAAAUGCUAUUUUACUUAAUUUCAAGCAUUGAAGGUUCUCUAAUAUGGUAGAUGGAGAAGAAUGUUUUUCACUUGCCAUUUAGUGAUCUAAUUUGGAUUUGUGCUGAAGAGGCUUCAAGUAGGGGAACAGUGCAGACCUGAAGAGCAAAAAUGAAUCUAUCCAGAGUUUAUGCCUUCGUAUUCCCGGUUAGAGCAGCUGUACCUAGAUCAGUUGAUUUCUUCUUGCACUUUCUGUUGUGGCCGCAACCUAACAAUGGAACUACAGCCUUUUUGAACAAAUGUAACUACUUUUGUCUUUACCUGGAUGGAGCAAGUUGCUUCUGUUGAAUAAAAGAAUAGUUCAAUAAGAA